AAAAAAAAACUAACUAGAACUCAAAUUUUACUAAUUAAGAAAAUAGAUAGUAAUGAGUUUGUAUAAUAAAUACAAGCAAAUACUCACCGAAUUAAUCACAACUUCAAAAUAAGAAGACCUAAGCAAUCCAUCUAUUAACUUUGAUUAAAAAUUGGCUUAUACUAUCAAAAAGUAUAUGGAUAUCCCUUUUAAAUAUUCAAAAGGCUUUGAAGAUUACAUUAAAUAAUAGGUAGAAAUUAUAUGUAAGAAUGAGUAAAAUAUUGAAUUUUUUAUAAAUUGGAGAAAUCUAAUUGAGUAAUUAAAGGAAAAAACAAAAAUAUUAACUAAACAAAGCAUAACCCUACUUGAUUCUUUAAUUGAAACAGCAAAUUCGAGAUUUGAAGCUUUAAAAACUGAAAAUUAAUUGAAGUAAGAAGAGGAUUUCACUAAUCAAAUAAAAAUGAAUCAAUCGAAUAUUUAAAUGUCAGAUAAAAGUAUGAAUGGUUUACUGCACACUUAGUCCAGCAACUAAAUAAAAUCAAGUACAAUUAAUUAGUAAGAUUUGGAAUAGAAGUUAUAAGCUUAGAGCGAUAACAAUUAGAAUCUCAACUGUUUGCAUCCUUAGUAAUAGUCUUAAUAACAUUAAAUACUUAAUAAUAAUAAUAUAUAAGAUUUUAAUAAUAAAUAUGAAUAAUUAAUGACUUAGCAAGGGGAUUAUUUAACUAAUAAUAAUAUUAACUAAAAAUAAAAUAGCAACUUAAAUAAUCAGCAAUAACAUAACUAGGUGAAAUGUGUCAAUAAUAAUUGGAGCUCAAAUGAUAUGGAGAAAUAUCUUAUCUAGCAAGAAGGUAAAUAGGCUCUUUUAAAAUCUGAAUAUAAAAGCAAUUAAGUAGAAAACUAAAAUUUAUUUGAUUCGUCCAUAGGUUGGUAAACUUUUGAUUAGCAAAGCAAAAAAUUCAUAAUAGAAAAUGAAAUUCUAAUUUAUUAAGAUGAAUCAAUUUACUUAAAUAGCAUAAAGAAUGUCGAUAAAAUUGAUUAAAAAUUAUAUGAAAUAUAUUCAAAUUAAAUAUUAGAACAAGACAAGAAAAAGAAAAUGAUGGAAUAAUUAAAAUAUGUCCUUAAUAAUAUAUAGCAAAAUGCAGAAAUUCAAAUUUCUAAAGAUAUAAUCUUAAAAGCUUAUUUAUUUGGUUCUUUCUUGCAAGGGACUUGUUUAAAAAAAGAAUCAGAUAUUGAUUUAAUAAUAAUUUUUGAAAAUAAUUAAUUAAGCUACAGAGAUACCUUAUUAUUUAUUUAAGAAACUAUUAAAAAUAAAUUGAAUGAUUAAUAUAUUAUCACUCAGGAAGUCUCAUUUGCUUUUAAUGUGCCUAUUAUUAGCAUUUAGCAUGUAAAAACUGGGUAUAAAAUAGAUAUUACCUAUGAGAAUAGAUUAGCUAUUUUAAACUCUUAGCUCUUUAAUGUUUACCUAAACAUUGAUUUUAAAAUUAAAGUUCUCUCUGUCUUGUUUAAAAUUUGGGCUGUUAAGUAAAAUAUCAAAAAAACAGACUUUUUAACUUCUUACGCUUUACUAAAUAUGGUGAUAUAUUUUUUAAUAUCUUAAGGUUAUCUAGUCAGCUUAUAGCAUAGCCAAUAUUUUGGUUUUGCACAUUAAAAAGAAAAUAUUAUCAAUUAUUCUAAGGGGCAAAAGGAAACUUAAUAAAUAUACACUAGCUUUGAAAAAAAUAUUGGCUAAAUUAAGUCAAAACUUGUUAAUUAACUUUAAAAGCUAAAUGAAAAACCUCUACAUAAACUAAUUACUGAACUAUUUUCAUUUUAUAGAGUAAUAUUAAAUCAUAAUGAUUAAUGUAAAUAACAUGAAAAAAUUAUCAUUACAACUAGGCUAUCAACAAAUAUUAUGGGUGUUUUAAAAUAUGAUUAAAAUAAAUAAUACAUUUCCAUCUAAGAUCCUUUUAAUGAUUAGUACAACCCUGGAUAAAGAUGGAAUUUUGAUGUAAACUACUUUUAUUAAAAAUUAAGUUAAGUUCCUCUUCAGUUUUAAGAUAUUGAUUAAUUAAGCGAAUUAUUUGAUUGA